AUGCAAAUUUUCCGACGCCAGCGCGAGACCGUUUUCAAUGUGCAAGAAACAGGGCAUAACAGCCUUGCAUCUUACCGCGCACAUGACCCCGCCGCUUUGCCUCAACGCCCCCCGGUUUCCCACGUUAUAGAUGCAUGUGGCAUCAAAGUCUUGAGCGACCCACCUAAUGCUACAUGUGAUAUAUGUUUCAUUCACGGUCUGACGGGCGAUCGAGAGAAGACCUGGACCGCCGAUGGCCAAUCUACGCCCUGGCCCGAAGCACUGCUUCCACAGAAACUCCAAAAAGCUCGCAUUCUUACAUACGGCUACGAUGCGUAUGUAGUCUCGAAGUCGACUGCCUCGUUGAACCGGUUGCUCGACCACGCCACGAAUCUCCUAGCCGAUUUAACAUCUGACCGGGAAUCCUGCGGUGCGCCUUCACGCCCGCUCAUUUUUGUUGCCCAUAGCCUUGGGGGACUGGUGUGCAAGAUGGCUAUCCUCAUAUCACGAAACAACCCUGAAACACACUUCCAGGAUGUGUUCAACUCUCUCAAGGGCGUGAUAUUCAUGGGAACCCCUCACAUGGGGGCUUGGAUGGCGAACUGGGCCAAGAUUCCUGCCACGACGUUUGGUUUCGUGAAGUCCGUCAACGUCAAGUUGAUAGAUAUCCUACAGAGUGAUAAUCAGCUCCUGGAGUCAAUGCAGCGUGACUUUUUGGCUAUGGUGCGCCAACUACGGGAAAAUGGUCGGCGCCUUGAGGUCACCUGCUUCUUUGAAGAGCUUUCUACCUUUGGGGUCGGACCGAUCGUAUCAAAAGAGUCAGCCACUUUCGAUAGCUAUACGCCCCGUAGCAUUCACGCUGAUCACCGGAACAUGGUCAAAUUUGCAACAGUGGAAGAUAACGGUUUCAAGAGGGUGUCAGGAGAACUUGUCAGAUGGACAUUGGCAGUCGGUAAGAAGGAUUAG